AUGUUUCCCAAUCUUACCAGACGGCUUGCACAAGUCGCGAAACCUCAGACAGAGCAGGCUGCGGCCAAUGCUACUGCAGUCACGCCGCCAGCAGCAGCAAGCCCAUACAAGCUUAAAAAAGUGUGGCCACCAGAUUUUAAGUCCAUGACGCCGCAGCAGCAGCUUCGCUUCGAGAAGAAGUACAAGCGCAGGCUUAAGCUCAAAAUGGAACGGCCCCGGUGGAACAAGUUUGUCAAGUUGGCCCAGCUAGUCACAACCACAUCUGUUAUCGGUUACAUGGUGCUUUUUAUGGAUUGGAAGGAUGUCCCCACCCCUUUCGAGCCACUUCGCGAGAAAGUUUGGGGCUUCUUUGGUAUCUUUACCGAGGAAAACAGAAAGCUCAAAGCCCCAAAGGACAGGCCAUCUUCCUAG